AUGUCGAGAUCUAGACUUCUAAGUGUCACUUCGAUGGUCUCAAAAACAGGAAUCUUGUGUUUGCCACUAUUCCAGUUGGUGCUCUCGGACUCACCAUGUGAAGAAAAUGAAAUGCUUAAUUCUUCUCAGAAUUCUAUUCGGGAGAUGGGGAGAAGGUGCACAAACUAUAAAGAUCAGUACACAAAUGGCUGGUAUAUCUGCCUUGUUUUUAUAGAUGUAGAUACCAUCACUAGAUUUUUAUGGCACAACAGCAAACUGAGGUGGACAGAAGCAGCUGUGAAUCCAACUGUUGGAAUGCACCUUCAAACUCAAAAUCCUGAAUUGUAUCAUGUUUCAUGUUUUGGUGCUUUAGGCCCCCCACCUCCAUAUGAAAAAAUUCUAAAAUCAAGCCGAUUUUAG